CCAACACCACCACAACCACCACCAAUGCUACCACCACCUUCACUUGUCACUUACUACUACUACUACUACUACUAUAACGUCUAAAGGUGUGUUGUUUGUGAUGUAUGUUAGUGAACCGCUGCUGCCCAUGUGUGUUGGAGCACAGGUGUUUUGAAGGGUUAUAUGUGUACACCUAUGCGGUACAACAACUUGGGUCCCUGCAGAGACACACAGACAGACAUAGGACAACAUGAUAGAAGAUGCAGUCAGAGAGGAUAACAUGAUCGUCCCGUACCUGAAAAGCCUGAUGCGGCGCCGUUGUCGAGUGCGACUCCGCAAAUGGGUUGUGCCUUUCGUUGUCAUCUUCUUUCUCAUCGUCUGGAUCACACGCCUCAACUCCUUCGACAUUGAGGAUGAUGACGGUGACACAAACUUAGGAAUCUGGGGGUACAAAGCUCCGUUGGUAAGCAAUGACGACGACAGCGGCAGCAGUAGCAGCAGCGUGUUGCAUUGGCUGUCGGGCCGUGAAUUCAUUGGCAAACAGCUACUCGCUCAUGACGCGAAGAGGAUGGCACAGAUCAAGGCAUUCCUGCCAGUUUUAUACCCGUCCGAUUGGGGCCAAGCGCCAGAGGCUGACGAGAUCGUCCUUCAGACGCAGCGGCUUCUGCACGACCUCGGCUACUUUUCAAAGCUCAGCUGCAAAGAGCUGGAUGCAGCACACGUGUUCUCGUCCCUGUCGAUCAGCGAUCGGAAGCACGUCGACGUCGGUUUGGUCAAGAAGCGAGAAAUCGUGCUGAAGUCACAGGGUCGUGACCUCAACAUAAAGGUCAGCUGCAUGCAGAGUGUCUACGACGCGACCAAGUGCACGUUCAUGGGAAACUAUCGCCUGCUGCGGGAGGUGCUCUUCUACAUCGCCCUUGAGAAUCCACUCAUCGUCCGUCAGCUUGGGUUCUGCCUACGCGGGGACCGCAUUGCCGAGCCCCUGCGCCACAAAGGAGUCAUACUUGCCAUUGAACAGGGUCACCCCCUCGUACUCAACGACAUCAAACAUUACAGCUGGUUGCUACGGUUACAGGUCAUCUACCAAAUCUCAUCAAUCAUCAACUACAUCAGUCAUUCUCCCCUGGGCAGUUUGCGGAUACUGAGGCUGAAAAGCGAAGACUUUGUGGUUGUUGGUGACCAGAUAAAGUUGUCCGACCUUGAUGACCUGGUCGUUGGAGAACACGCUUGCUCCAGCGAGGCACAGUGUUAUGAGCACCUUAAAAACAAAGCGGUCCCUGGAAUCCAGUGUCUGAAGAAGAAAUGCGUUGGCCUCAAUGAGAAGCUGAACCUGAAGAUGGUGUCUGACCACAUGCUGUUGCCGUUGAUGGUCAAUGUGCCUCCACAAUCCAAGAAGGCUAUCAGUGUCAUCAUUGGUCAACUACAGAGCCUGCAGAUCAGCACAGAAUAUUUGGUGGACAUCUUCACCAACAUGCUGGCUAAAGCUGGUUAUGGUCGCCAUCGACACUAUCAGAAAAACAAUGCCCAGAUGCAAGGGUUCAAUUCCCAGUCAGACCAUGGUGGCGAUGCUGCUGGGAACUCUGUCGGAGGUGAAGAAAUUAUGGAAUGGAAGGAUAACGAUGUCCGUUAUUUCCGCUACAAUUCUUCGAACAUUCCUGGCAUCUUUGAUUAUACGUGUCCAUUCUCUCGUGCCUCAUGGGGUUGUGUGAAGACAGCCUACAAUGUCUCCCAUGCCAAGCUCAUAUGCACCCAAGAUCCUGUCUGCAAGGCUUUUGUCAUCCUCUCCGGACAGCCCGAUGAAAAAACCUUGCUGACAGUAAUCUUCAAGAACUCGUCCAAGUCCACCAUUCACCGGAACACUGGUGCCACGUUCUUCAUCAAAGUCUCCAGCCUGCUGGGCAGUCGUCGUAAAAGCAACAACCACCCGGCACCAAUGACCCCGGUUGUCCAUGGAUUCAACACGGUCGAUUGUGUGUCUCGUAGUCAGUCUGUCCACCAGGUGGCCAGAAAUAUCAGGGAGAAGAGACUCAGGCACCACAUUGGACUACGAGGAAUUACAGAAAGCCAAUGGUUAACCAUGAUGCAUCAUGCCACACUUGACAGAGCGUUUGAGGUGAGCAGCACCGGACAGUUCCUCCUCAAUCUCCACUGGACCGAUCUUUCCGAACCUAUAUCCCCUGAAAAAGGGGCUCAUAUGGGCACCGUGGUGUUUAAGGGACAGCAAAACAGCAAAUCAUCCUAUGUGGGUAGCAUGAUUGUCUAUAAGCUGGACAGGCUCUUAGGGCUGUAUCAUACACCCCCAGUGUCCAAAAUGGUUCUGACCGCUUCAACUCUACAAGUCAUCACCAAGAACAAGCAGCAUUUGCAACAGUUGCAGGACUUCGCUGGCGCUGAUGGUUCCAUAGAAGGCUUUGUACAACCACCGCAACCAUCUUCGUUCACCGUCCAGUCUAUCACACUCAGGCCACUUGACCAACUCACUGAUCAGCUGACCGAUAUAGCCAAGGGUGACAAACUCUUCCUGGAGUACAUCUUACUCAUUUGGUUGACCAAAAUCAAGUUGAACAACAAUCAUUACAUCGGGACCAAAGGUAAGUUGUCCAUGUUGUGACAGUGCUCUUUCUUA